UUACAUCCAGAUGUCCCAGCUCAACUCCAACACUAGACGCAACAAGAUCAACCCCUACAAUCCGAUCGUGAUGGACGAGGAUGAGUUGGCGCUACGGCUCACUGAGUGCCGACUCAACUGUGCCUACAAUUUUCCCGCCAUGGUCCUGUUCUCCCAGGAUCUCAAGCAGGAGCUGAUAGAUGCUUUGAUCAGUGUCAUGCGUAACCUAGCCAGUGACAGCUUCUGUCAGGUCCGCAAGAAGAUAGCUUCCGGAUUCUAUGAGGUGAUGAAGCUGAUGCCCAAGUGGCAAGCAGCACUCAAGGUGGAGUUCAUCAGGCUGCUCAAGGAUGACAUAGACAUUGUUCUGGAAGGCCUCGUGCCUAACAUCCUCAAGAACAAACUAAUGUUGACUUUGUGUUUGAUCAGGUGAUGAAGCUGAUGCCCAAGUGGCAAGCAGCACUCAAGGUGGA